AUUUAUUUUAUCACACAACGGUCGUGGUGUAUGAAACUCCGGGUUCGCAGAACGAACCGGGAUUUUUUAGCUUGGGACCCUUCUUUGUUUCUCUGUUUUUCUGUUUUUCGUCCAACAGUCGCAGCUUAUCAGCUUUGACAAAUUUAGUGAUCGAAGUGGAAACAGCUCAAGUCAUAGACCACAAAGAAAUUUUAAAGAUCUGCCGAGGUCCAAAUGGAGGCCCACUGACCGAAUAGAUAAAAGCAGUAAAAAAUUAGGAUGCCUGGGAGGAAGAAAUCGGCAGAGAAAGGGAGCGACGAAGGCCUUCCGCUCGCUGAAAAGAUGGCCGAAGAUGAUGCAGGCGAGGUGAAGCUGAAGGCGAAGAUGAGUCUUCUGAACGGAAUCACAGUUAUAGUAGGCAGCAUAAUCGGCUCGGGGAUCUUUGUCUCGCCGACUGGUGUCAUCAAGUACACGGGUUCGGUGAACGUGGCUCUAAUCGUCUGGCUUGCCUCUGGCGUGUUUUCUAUGGUCGGUGCGUACUGCUACGCUGAGCUCGGUUGCAUGAUCUCAAAAUCGGGCGCUGACUAUGCCUACAUCAUGGAGACUUUUGGCCCUUUCCUCGCCUUCGUACGACUCUGGAUCGAGUGCAUGAUCGUCCGGCCGUGCUCCCAGGCAAUCGUCGCACUCACAUUCAGCGUCUACGCCCUCAAGCCUUUUUUCCCAGACUGCGAACCGCCCGACUCAGCCCUCAGGAUGCUCGCAGUCGCCUGUAUCCUGAUUCUGACGUUUAUCAACUGCUGGGACGUCGGUUGGGCGACGAAGGUUCAGGAUAUCUUCACGUACGCCAAGCUGCUAGCGCUCUUCAUCAUCAUAUCGACUGGUUUCUAUCAGCUGUAUCAAGGCGAGGUCAAGUAUUUUACAUUUGAUAACACGAAAACGGAGGUGACUUCGCUGGCACUUUCCUUUUACUCAGGACUUUUCGCUUACAACGGCUGGAAUUACUUAAAUUUUAUCAUUGAAGAAUUGAAGGAUCCGAUAAGGAAUCUUCCGAGGGCGAUCGCCAUUUCCUGUACCCUUGUCACUUUCGUUUACACCAUGACGAACAUCGCGUUUUACACGACCCUCUCGCCCCAGGAAGUCUUAGAAUCUGAAGCAGUGGCAGUGACAUACGCCAACAGGCUCUUUGGGAUGUUUGCCUGGACGAUUCCCUUAUUCGUAGCCAUGUCUACUUUCGGCGCAGUCAACGGUAUCCUUUUGACAUCGUCGAGGCUGUUCUAUGCCGGUGCGUGCGAAGGGCAAAUGCCGGAAAUACUCACCAUGAUCCAGAUCUCCAGGCUAACCCCUGCACCGGCUGUGCUCUGCAUUGCCUUAUUGUCAAUGCUGUACUUGACCGUCUCGGAUAUCUAUGCUCUCAUCAACUAUGUCGGAUUUGCAACUUGGCUUAGCAUUGGUGUUUCUGUCCUGUGCAUUCCUGUGCUGAGGUGGACGCAGCCCAAUCUUGCAAGGCCGAUCAAAGUGAAUCUCUUCUUUCCCAUUGCCUACAUCGCAGCGACCAUCUUUGUAACCGUUGUGCCCAUGGUGGCGAGUCCUGUUGAAACUGGGAUCGGCUGCCUGAUGAUUUUAACCAGCGUGCCCGUUUAUUUAGUAUUCAUCUCUUGGAAAAACAAGCCUAUCUUUUUCAACAAAGUAGUUGGUAAUUUAACACAUUUGUUGCAAAAGAUGACCAUGUCAGUUCGACCUGGUGUAAAGUAAAUGCGACAAGAUUGCUACAGAAAGUGUUGAUGGUGGUCGGGAAGCAAGGGCCAGCAUCCGAUGUUUGAUCGAAGAGUUCCUUUUCAUGAUGUGCCAAAAACUUUUGUUCUCUUAUUUGUUUAAAACCAUAUCCAUAAAUGUUUUGCAUGAGAGGUUUUCAUUUUUAAGUCUGAGACAAUACAAUUUAAAUUAUAGAAACUGAUAUUAGCGGUGUUUUUCGAGCAAAAAUGUUGAAAUUAUUAGUAUAAGUCUAGACAAAAGAAUGUAUUCAGCCGUAUCAUUUCAGAAUGAUAUUGGACGAAGUAAACUUGCUCGCUAAUAAAAUAUAAAUCCUGUGAUAUAAAAUAAUAUUUAAAACUGACAGGCUUCCCAUAUCUGUAUUAUUAGCUAUCUUUUAAGGUAAGUAAAAAAUUUCUUUUCUAGAAAUUUACCGCUUUGUUGUCUGUCUGCACACAGGAACAAAGUAGCCUAGAAAAAAUGUUUAACUAUUAAGUGAGUCAAAAAAUAAAUAAAAAGACAUUUUUACUGACAUAUCAGGAUGCUUUUUCCUUUUCAUUAUUGUUUUAAUCCCAUAAAUAUUUUUUUGUCAGGGACCAUUUUGAAUUUCUGUCUAUUUGUGUUCACAAAUAUUGAGCGCAUUUCAAAAAAGUCUGAGACAGAAAAAUACUUUUUAAGCCGAAAAAGGUACUAUUAAUGAUUAAUACAAUUUUUGUUUGGAAAAUAGACUCACAUAAAAAAUAAAAACGAAGACAAUAUUCUUGACUUUGUAAAGAUGCUAUUUUUGUGGAAAAUAACAGUUGUAACAAAUAGCAUUUUUUAAACUAAAUAUUUAGCCUAGGUGACUAUUUUGCCAAAGAGAUCUCCAAAAAGUUUAAGCACGAUUUAAUUUGUAAUUACCGAGGAUAUGCCUACCAUGGCCAAUGUAAUAGUAAUAAAAAUUAUUAUUAAAAUUUAUGAUAUUCAAAAUGUUUUUCAUUUGUAACAUCAUGAACUGUGAUUGCUAUUUAAUUUUUGUUGUGUGUCUUACAUGGUCUGUCAUACAAUGUCAUACAAUUUUAACAAUGCAGAACAGUAUUGAUGGUUUAUUUGAAAAUGUAUGUAAACAUAGAUGAAUAUGUUAAACAAAUUUGUAGCAAAAUCAAAAAUUUGUAUGUACAUACAUGAAACAAAAUAAAAAGGAUUCAGAGAAA